AAGCGAGCUAUAGAAUGUCGUAAGCGUUCGAAAUCAAAGCCUUGGAGCCAAGAGUGAUAUUGACACGUGAUGUCUGGAUUUGUAAUCUCGACGGUUUUUGGACUAUAUCCGUGCCAAGAGAUACUAUAAGCUCCUAUAUAGAGCGAGAAUGGAAGUACAGUAGCCUAUUUCUCUCUCCUCAGAUUCAAUUGCACCUAAUUUGCUCAACCAAUGGCUACCAACAAAAUCCUCGUCCUCGGAGCAGGUGAACUCGGCACAGCAGUCCUGAGCCCCCUCGCCAAACUAGCACCCCCAGGAACAUCAAUAUCAGUCCUCCUUCGUCCAAACACUAUAUCCUCUUCCAAUCCUGCAAAGAUCGCUGAACUUUCAAAUCUCAAAUCACUCGGGAUCUCCUUUCCUGCGGGAGACACUGCAACCCAAACCAUUCCAGAACUCGUCUCCUUAUUUUCUCCAUACGAUCUCAUCAUUUCCUGCUUAGGUUUCGCAUCAGGUCCUGGCUCUCAGAUCAAAAUCGCAAGAGCAGUACUAGAAGCCAAAGUGAAGCGCUUCGUUCCUUGGCAAUUUGGCGUCGAUUAUGAUGUUGUCGGAAGAGGAAGUGCCCAGGAUUUGUUUGACGAGCAGUCGGAUGUUCGAGACUUGUUGAGAAAUCAAAAAGGAACGGAAUGGAUUAUUGUCAGUACGGGAAUGUUUACAAGUUUCUUGUUCGAGGCAUACUUUGGUGUUGUUGAUUUUCAGAGUUCGAGCGGGGAUGAAAUGGUUGUGAGGGCCCUUGGUGAUUGGGAGAAUAAGGUUACUGUUACGACGCCUGAGGAUAUUGGGAAGUUGACUGCGAUGGUCGUUUUUGAGGAGCCGAAGAUUAAGAAUAGGGUUGUUUACACGGCGGGAGAGACUGUGAGUUAUGGGAGGGUGGCGGAGAUUGUGGAGAGUGUUUUGGGGAAGAAGGUCAAGAGAGAGGUCUGGAGUGUGGAGAAGUUGAAGGAGGAUUUGAAAAGUGAUCCAAACGAUUCUUUGAAGAAGUAUAGGGUUGUAUUCGCUCAGGGAAAGGGGGUCAGCUGGGAUAUGGAGAAGACGUUUAAUGUGCAGAGAGGUAUUGAGGUGCAGGAUGUGGAGAGCUUUGCAAGAGAGAAAUUGGCAUCACUCAAUCGAUAGUGAGGAGGGGAAAGCACGGUCACGUAGCCCAUCCAUUUGUCACCAUAGAACCUUUGAAC